UUACUGUGGCUCUUUGGCAAUGUACAUUGUUAAAUUCUGGCUCCUUCUCAGGCUGGCCACCUCUGGACUAGGUUAUUGCUGAUUCCUUCUCUGGAAGGGAGAAGAAAGCAACAGAGGUUUCUGAGCACUGCUGCUUAUCAGGAUGGAGAAUGGGAGACGCAAGCAGCUCAGGGAACUUUAUGCUUUUCUUUAUUCACAAGAGGGUAGUUAGAGGUAGGGAAUAGUUGCAGGAGCUGCUGAACUCUUGUAGAAAGGAGAGGGGAUCAGGGGAAGCAAGAUGGCACAGAUGCUGGUUCUCCUUUAACAAGAAGAGACAGGAACAGACAGCUGGAGCUGCUUCUACCUUUCCUGAAGUUAUGAGAGAGCUUGGUAAACAAACCUUUCUCUGUGACUUUUAGAGGGCACCCAGAUGAACUUUGCAGAGGUGUUUGAGAGAGGAGACAUGAUUUAUUAACUGAUAGAAGGAGCUCUGAAUUUACAAAGGGAUGUAUGUACACUUCUACCCCGAUAUAACGCGACCUAAUAUAACACUAAUUCGAAUAUAACAUGGUAAAGCAGUGCUCCGGGUGUGUGUGCGCGCACUCUGGUGGAUUAAAGCAAGUUCGAUGUAACCCAGUUUCACCUAUAGCACGCAUUUUUCAGGAUUAGAAGAAGCUGUAUUUAGGAACAUACAGGCAUGUAAGGAGCUUGCCCAAACCACUCGUACAGCUCUUGGACCAAAUGGAAUGAACAAAAUGGUUAUCAAUCAUCUUGAGAAGCUUUUCGUGACAAACGAUGCCGCAACUAUCUUAAGGGAGUUGGAGGUCCAACACCCUGCUGCAAAAAUGAUUGUAAUGGCUUCCCAUAUGCAAGAGCAAGAAGUUGGAGAUGGAACAAACUUUGUCCUUGUUUUUGCUGGAACCCUUCUUGAGCUAGCAGAGGAACUUCUGAGGAUGGGACUUUCAGUUUCAGAGGUGAUAGAAGGUUAUGAAAAAGCUUGCAAGAAAGCCCUAGAAAUUCUUCCUGACUUAGUAUGCUGUUCUGCAAAGAAUCUGCAUGAUGCUGAAGAAGUGGCAUAUUUGCUGCACACCUCAGUAAUGAGUAAACAAUAUGGCAAUGAAAACUUCCUGGCAAAGCUUAUUGCUCAGGCAUGUGUAUCUAUUCUUCCUAAUUCUGGUCAUUUCAAUGUUGACAGCAUCAGAGUAUGCAAAAUCUUGGGCUCUGGUAUCUCUGCCUCUUCAGUCCUGCAUGGUAUGGUUUUUAAAAAAGAAACUGAAGGAGAUGUUACUUCUGUCAAAGAUGCCAAAAUAGCUGUGUAUUCCUGUCCUUUUGAUGGCAUGAUAACUGAAACUAAGGGCACUGUACUGAUAAAAAAUGCUGACGAACUUAGGAAUUUCAGCAAGGGAGAAGAAAAUCUAAUGGAUCUGCAAGUCAAGGCAAUUGCUGAUGCUGGUGCAAAUGUUGUAAUAACAGGUGGCAAAGUGGCAGACAUGGCACUUCAUUAUGCCAAUAAAUACAAUCUUAUGUUAGUCAGGUUGAACUCAAAAUGGGAUCUCAGAAGGCUGUGUAAAACUGUUGGCGCUACCGCUCUUCCCAAAUUGAUUCCACCUACACUAGAAGAAAUGGGUCAUUGUGACAGUGUUUAUUUGUCGGAGGUUGGGGAUACACAAGUAGUUGUGUUUAAGCAUGAAAAGGAAGAUGGUGCCAUUUCUACCAUAGUAAUCCGUGGAUCUACAGACAAUCUAAUGGAUGACAUAGAGAGAGCUAUAGAUGAUGGUGUUAAUACUUUCAAAGUACUCACUAGGGAUAAACGUCUUGUUCCUGGUGGUGGUGCAACAGAGAUUGAGUUGGCCAAGCAGAUCGCAUCUUAUGGAGAGACAUGUCCUGGGCUUGACCAGUAUGCUAUCAAGAAAUUUGCUGAGGCAUUUGAAGCCAUUCCUCGAGCACUAGCAGAAAAUUCAGGCGUAAAGGCCAAUGAAGUUCUCUCCAACCUUUAUGCAGUGCACCAAGAAGGCAACAAAAAUGUUGGAUUUGAUAUUGAGGCUGAAACUGCAGCUGUAAAGGAUAUGUUGGAAACUGGUGUGUUAGACACAUAUCUUGGAAAACACUGGGGUAUUAAGCUGGCUACAAAUGCUGCAGUGACUGUGCUCAGAGUAGAUCAGAUCAUCAUGGCAAAACCAGCUGGUGGGCCCAAACCUCCUUCAGGAAAGAAAGAUUGGGAUGAUGACCAAAGCGAAUGAACACCUUCACUGUACUUUUUGAGUUAACUAGGAUUGUAUGCAUCUUGUAAUACUCCUGUUGGGGCCUGACAUGUUUUCUCCCUCACCUUAAGUUAUGAAACUGUAUCCAGUAAAGAGUGCAGUACCACUACUAUUUCAAUAAAUGAACUUGCAAUAUACAAAGACUCAAUUUGUUAACUUGUCCUAUUAGACUUGCAGCCUUAAAAUGAACUUUAACACAUGUUGCUUUUGAGUGUUCAUUAUCUGUAUUGAUUAAAGGAACAAUUUGUUUUGAAUCUC